GAAGAUCGAAAUAGCGAUACUGAAGUUAAAUAUUUUGGUCGGUCGGGUUCUGUAGCAUAAUUUUGUAAAAAAAUGUUCUUUUGUUAGAGAAUGAAGGAAAUACGUAGAAUAAUACAUUACUGCUAGUAUAUCAUAUUUAUUAGGAAGGUCAAACAAGUCUUACUGUAUUAACGUUAAGGAGAAACAAUGAAUAUCUCAGAGGAGGUCCGAAGAUUAGGAGCAUUAGGUAUUAAGUCCAUACAGACAACGUUUCCUAGAGGUGAUAACUUUUUCUUUUCAAUUUCUUACUUUGCUGACCCACUGUAUUCGUUUACAUAUUUGGUACCACUGACUGCUGGGUUGAAUACAGGUUUGGCAGCAGACAUGCUAAUGGUGUCCAUCAUGGCAGAGUGGUUUAACACACUUCUCAAAUGGUUGCUCAUGGAUCAUCGGCCAUUCUGGUGGGUGCAUGAGACAAAUGUGUAUGGCAAAGGCCUUCGCCCUCUCCUGCGACAGACCCCACUAACAUGUGAAACUGGACCUGGCUCCCCGUCAGGUCACGUGCAGGGAGCCUCUUCACUCAUGUAUGUUGUAUUGCAGCACGUCAUUCGUACUUUCAUCGUGUCCAGCAAGAAGAUGGAUGGCAGUAUGAAGCGCUAUGUAAGAGUCACACUGUGGACUUUGUACACCUUGCUCAUGAUUCUGGUCAGCAUCUCAAGACUGUACACAGCGACGCAUUUCCCGCAUCAGACGCUUCUGGGUCUUGUAGCUGGUUUGUUUACUGCUUGGCUCUUUAUUGAGGAAGGACAGUACACACUGACAGAACGGUGGCGUUCGGCAUCCCGUUUGCAGAUGCUCCUUGGUGGUGUUGCUAUGAUUGCGGUCUCGUUUGGUGCAUACUGGUUGCAGAGAUUACUAGGUGUGGACCCGCAGUGGUCGGUGCGCCUGGCGUUCAAGUGGUGCGAGCAACCUGAUUGGAUCCAUGUGAACACUACGCCACUCUUCUCGCUGGUGCGUGAUUGUGGCAGUAUGUUUGGACUCGCAAUGGCAUCUCCUGCCACAACCAGAAUAUACAAGCAGACUCACAACAAUAUCAUCAUCACAAUGAUCUGCACCCUGUUUCUCAUGGUGGCAUUCAACUUCGCUACUGAUGCCGUUCCAACAAGUGACGUGCGGCUGUUCUACGUCUGCCAGUUCAUACUUCAUGCCGUCAAACCGUAUUUACUGUUCAUUGGAAUCCCUCAAGUGGCGAGAUUUGUCAAGCAGAAGCAGCAUUGAUGACAGCUGAUGCUGGGCGCUUACAGUUGUACAAAGAAAGAUGUUGUAUUGUAGAACUUAGAAUGAAGUUGCAUUUAUGUGGCUGGUCCCUCCCACACCAACUAAUGUAGUAGAAUUAAAAGGGCCCUGCCCCUUCUGACAUAGUAAAAUAAAAUCAGUUACAAGAUGUAAAGCAUCUGAUGGAAAUUAUAGCUACGUAACUAAAUAUGUCUCACAUCAAUGACAGGUUGUGAGAACCAAGCUUAAGGCACGUUAUUCUUUUGCACGUGUCGAGUUUCAUCAAAGACGAGGCUCUCAGAGUAGAAUUGAUGUUGUGGUUUCUUAGAUUUCAAAUUUUGACUAGUCAUGUACAGAUUCUUGGGGAUAGCACAAGCUGGAAGAAUAGAUUGGCCAAGGGGGUCCAAGACCCCUAAAUCACCAAGAGCUAAGUGUGUUAAAUACAAAAAAAAUUUAACGCAAGGAUCCUUAUUGUCUUUUGAGACGGAGUGUAUGUGUGUGAAUUUUACUGCAGCCUGUCCCAGUGCAACUUUGUCCACCACAGAUGGACCAACCUGGGAGCGAACCCAGUCCUUCAUGGUGAGAAGUGAGUCACCAACCACCUGGCCACACAAAGAUGUAGUUGGCAUCAUAUGAAUUACAUGCUAAGAAUGGGAAAUUUCACAGAGGAAAUUGGCUGCACUGAAAAGCUGUUGUAAAGAGCAUGGAAGGUGCCGACUUGGCAGACAAUUUGUUCGUUCUUCUAAUAUUUGUGAUUCAUUGGUAGUUCUUGCACAUUGGCAUUGUAACCACUUCCAUUCCGUAAUCGAUGUUCCUUGGUUACUAUCUUAUUGUGCUCUAAACAAUGAAAUGUAAUGAUGAUUACACCACAAAUAAAUUCUUCUUCCAUCACAUGGCA